CGGAGGCGCUGCGGGGAAGCUCUUGCGCGCCGGCUGGCCCAGGUCCUCGGUGCCCACUUGCAGCCGCCUGGCUGGGGGCCAUCCCGCGGCCCCAGGCACCUCGAGCGCCCCUGAAUGGAGAGGCGCGUUCUCCCCGCGGGGACGCAGCGCGGGCGGCGGGCGCGGGACGCGAGGGGCGGCCCGGCCCUGCGGGUCCCCGGCUGCGCGGCGCUCUGGGUGCUGCUGCUGGCGCAGGUGGCUGUGCAGGAGGCACCUGCGUGCUUCGUGGGACCCGCAGCCGCCUCGCCGGGGAGCUCGAGCGUCUGGCGUCCUCCGGGUUCCGCGGCGCGGCCGGACUGGAUGGAAAAAAACGAGUAUGACCUGGUGUCUCCCUAUGAGGUUGACCACAAUGGAGACUACGUGUCCCAUGAAAUCACGCACCCUCAGAGGAGGAAGAGGGCGCUGGCCCAGCUCGGGACAGAGUCUCUCCACCUUCGGCUGAAGGGCUUUAGGCAUGACUUCCACAUGGAGCUGAAGGCUUCCAGCGACCUGGUGGCUCCUGGCUUUAUGGUGCAGACACUGGGGAAGGGAGGCACCAAGUCUGUGCACACCUUCCCGCCUGAGGAUUUCUGUUUUUAUCAAGGCUCCUUACGAUCCCACAAAAAUUCCUCAGUGGCUCUCUCAACGUGCAAAGGUUUGUCUGGCAUGAUAAGAACCCAAGAAGGAGAUUACUUCCUGAAGCCACUUCCUUCCCACCUAGUGGGGAGACUGCGGGACCCCGCGGGGGCUGGGCCCCCCUCCCACAUACUGUACAAGAGAUCAGCGGAAGUGCGGGCGCCGGGGGCUCCCCAGGCGGUCAUGACCGAGAGGGACCGGGAGCUGGGGAAUCUGCACCUGCACGGCGACACCAACCUCCGGCACCCACCGAAGCAGCAUUUCUGUGGAAGACGCAAGAAAUACAUGCCCAAGCCUCCCGAGGACGACCUCUUCGUCCUGCCUGACGAAUACGCGUCUUGCUUACGGCCGAAGCGCUCUCUCCUGAAGUCCCACAGGAACGAAGAGCUGAACGUGGAGACGUUGGUGGUGGUCGACAGGAAGAUGAUGCGGAACCACGGCCACGAAAACAUCACCACCUAUGUGCUGACCAUACUCAACAUGGUGUCUGCUUUGUUCAAAGAUGGAACGAUAGGAGGAAACAUCAACAUUGCAAUUGUAGGUCUGAUCCUUCUUGAGGAAGAACAGCCGGGGCUCGUGAUAAGCCACCAUGCGGACCACACGUUAAGUAGCUUCUGCCAGUGGCAGUCUGGCCUGAUGGGCAGAGACGGCGCACGCCACGACCACGCCAUCCUGCUGACCGGUCUGGACAUAUGUUCCUGGAAGAAUGAGCCCUGUGACACCUUGGGAUUUGCGCCCAUAAGUGGAAUGUGUAGUAAAUAUCGCAGCUGCACGAUUAAUGAAGAUACGGGUCUUGGACUGGCCUUCACCAUUGCUCACGAGUCUGGACACAACUUUGGCAUGGUCCAUGAUGGAGAAGGGAACGUGUGCAAAAAGUCUGAGGGCAACAUCAUGUCCCCUACAUUGGCAGGACGCAAUGGGGUCUUCUCCUGGUCACCCUGCAGCCGCCAGUACCUGCACAAAUUUUUAAGCACCGCCCAAGCGCUGUGCCUCGCCAAUCAGCCGAAGCCCGUGAAGGAGUACAGGUACCCCGAGAAGUUGCCAGGAGAGUUAUAUGACGCCAACACCCAGUGCAAGUGGCAGUUUGGAGAGAAAGCCAAGCUCUGCAUGCUGGAUUUUAAAAAGGCAAGUAUGCCUACCUUUUCAGAAGCCUGGUCCUUCUACUGGACCACUGUGUCCAUCUCCUGCCUGGUUAAUUAUUGCAACACUGACUGGGGACGUGGAGAGAGCUGCGUGUGCUUAUGUGAGAAGAGCACCCAGCUGCACCUUGUCCUGCGUGCGCCUCUGUGCUUUAUUUGCAGUCCCCCAGAGAGGUGGUGCCGUGGAGGACAGUGUGUGAAAUAUGGUGACGAAGGCCCCAAGCCCACCCAUGGCCAUUGGUCAGACUGGUCUUCCUGGUCCCCUUGCUCCAGGACCUGCGGAGGAGGGGUGUCUCACAGAGACCGCCUGUGCACAAAUCCCAAACCAUCGCACGGAGGCAAGUUUUGUGAGGGCUCGACUCGUACUCUGAGGCUUUGCAACAGUCAGCAAUGUCCGCACAACAGCGUUGACUUCCGUGCGCUGCAGUGCGCUGAGUACAAUGGCAAACGGUUCCGAGGAUGGCGCUACACGUGGAAGCCCUACACCCAAGUGGAAGAUCAGCACUUAUGCAAACUCUACUGUAUCGCAGAAGGAUUUGAUUUCUUCUUUUCUUUGUCAAAUAAAGUCAAAGAUGGGACUCCAUGCUCGGAGGAUAGCCGUAAUGUUUGUAUAGAUGGGAUAUGUGAGAGAGUCGGAUGUGACCACGUCCUUGGGUCCGAUGCCAUGGAAGACUCCUGCGGUGUGUGCAGGGGCAAUAACUCAGACUGCACGACGCACCAGGGGCUCUACGCCAAGCACCACGGCGCCAACCAGUAUUAUCAGAUGGUCACCAUUCCUGCUGGAGCCCGGAGUAUUCGCAUCCACGAGAUGAACGUGUCUACCUCCUACAUCUCUGUGCGCAACACCCUCAAAAAAUACUACCUGAACGGACACUGGACGGUUGACUGGCCCGGCCGUUACAGGUUUUCAGGCACCACGUUCGAGUACAGACGGUCCUCCCACGAGCCGGAGAGCUUAACCUCGCCUGGGCCAACCAACGAAACACUGGUUGUGGAGCUUCUGUUUCAGGGAAGGAACCCGGGUGUUGCCUGGGAGUACUCAGUGCCUCGGCUGCGGGGGGCGAAGAAGCCUGGUGGCCAGCCUCGCUACACGUGGGCCAUCGUCCGCUCCGAGUGCUCCGUGUCCUGUGGAGGGGGGCAGAUGACCACGAGGGCCGGAUGCUACCGAGACCUGCGGUUUCAAGUCAACACGUCGUUCUGUAAUCCCAGCACCCAACCUGCCACAGGGGUGGUGUCUUGCAGAGUAUCUGCCUGUCCGCCCAGUUGGUCAGUGGGGAACUGGAGCACCUGCAGCCGGACGUGUGGUGGGGGCACUCAGAGCCGGCCCGUCCAGUGCACACGACGGGCCCACUAUGUGUCGGAGCGGGUGGCAGCCAACUUGUGUCCGCAGCCCAUGCCCUCCAGCCGACAGGCCUGCCACUCUCAGAGCUGCCCACCCACCUGGAGCACCGGGCCCUGGGCAGAGUGCUCUCGAACCUGUGGGAAGGGAUGGAGGAAGAGGUCCGUGGCCUGUAAGAGCGCUAACCCUUCGGCCAGGGUGCAGCUGCUGCCGGACGCCGUCUGUGGCUCGCAGCACAAGCCCCGGACCCACGAAGUCUGUCUGCUCAAGCGUUGCCACAAGCACAUGAAGCUGCAGUGGCUUGUGUCUGCCUGGUCCCAGUGCUCUGUUACGUGUGAAAGAGGAACACAGAAAAGAUUCUUAAGGUGUGCUGAAAAGCACAUUUCUGGGAAAUACCGAGAGCUGGCCUCCAAGAAGUGCUUGCACCUGCCGCAGCCCGGCGUGGAGCUAGAGCGCGCCUGCGCCCUGUUUCCCUGCCCCAGGCACCCCCUGCACGCAGCCACAGGCCCCCCUGGAGCCAGGUGGUUUGCCUCGCCCUGGUCUCAGUGCACGGCCAGCUGUGGGGGCGGCGUGCAGACCAGGGCCGUGCAGUGCCUGGCGGGGGGCCGGCCGGCCUUGGGCUGCUUCAUGCACCAGAAGCCCACCGCCUCCCUGGCCUGCAACACCCACUUCUGCCCCAUCGCAGAGAAAAAGGAUGGUGCCUGCAGAGACCACUUCCCCUGGUGCUCUCUGGUGCCCCAGCACGGGAUGUGCAGUCACCAGUUCUACGGAGAGCGGUGCUGCAAGACGUGCUCCACCUCCAACCUGUGAGGCCCGGGCGGCCGUGCCCAGGGUGGACAGAGAGGUGCCACGCCUUCAGCCCACUCCAGCUGCACGGCGGGCAUCGAAUGCGGCCGAGGAGGACGCGAGCAGGGGAGGAAGAGCUGUGUCCGGCUCUCCGAUAGGACAGAGAGAGAGAGAGAGAGAGAGAGUGUGUGUGUGUGUGUGUGUGUGCGCGCGCGCGUGCAGAUCAUGGGUCUGACUGCUUGCCUGGGCGCGCACGCGCACACGUGUUCGGGUGAGGCACGGAGGCGGCCUGGAGUCAUGCUCCUUGCACUUGAGCUGAAUCAAGUCAGAAAGACAGAAGGAGCUGAACUUGCUAAACGCUACAUAUGUGGAGAAAGAAGGAAAGGCCGUGAAAUUAGGAAUAAGUACGACAGAUCGGCCGCUAAGUAUGCCGGCCUCCGCCCCCCUGGAGGCCCUGCCCCGGGUCCCGACUAAGCAGCCUCCCCCCGGAGAAGCAGCUGGCUGGGACAGCUCCCGGCUGGCGUCCCCAGGGCCCCCUCUUCCCGCCCCAGCAGCCCGGCUUCUCUCUGCUGGGACAAGAGCCCGUGGCCCCUGGAAGGGGCACCUGCCGAACCGGUGGGGAGGCCGGACUCCGGACCCCGGGUCCCAACUGGAGACUUCGCCUCUGGAAACGGGAAACACGAAAUCCUGCUACGGUGCUUCAGACUCUGGUCCCUUUCAGACUCAUGCGAGGGAGGAGAGAACUUUCUCCUAUCCUGCGUAUUACCCUUCGUUAUUGACAAGUGCGCAUCUCUAUUCCAGCCCGUUCCUUAAUGCUUCUCUCUGAAAUGACAGAAUCACGGAUUACACCAGAGUCAGAGAGCGACCAGCUAUGCCACACCCCUGCUGUACCGGUGGGGUGCUGGCUGUCCUGGCCCGGCGGACGUCCGCGGACGUGGUGACCCUCAGAACCCCAUGUUUCCUUUGCCUGUGUUGUGCUGUUUUUGAAUUUUUUUCCAUGAAUUCUGGUUGUUCCUUUAAGACCCGUUCCGAAAGAAGGCUAGCAUUUCCGGAUGGAGCCACAUGCAAGCCUCCGACACCCUGCUCUGGGUCGGUGCUGCUCGGCAUUGUCCUUCCUACCACAUGGCUCCGUUCCGGGGGAGCACCUGGAUAUUUAUAUUUGCUGAAGUUUUAUAAUAAAUUUUAUA